GACAAGCGUGCAGUAGGCGUCGAGUUUGCCAGCGAUCCAGUGUCUUGCCCGGAUGCGGAUCAGUCGUCGAGUAUUGCGAGAGCAUCAAAACUUGUUGUUAUCUCUGCUGGGGCAUUCGGCUCCCCGACCAUCCUGGAGAGGUCUGGGAUCGGUGCCGAGGCGAUCCUCAAGCGAUGCGGCAUCGAGCAACUAGUGAAUUUGCCUGGCGUCGGAGAAAAUUAUCAAGAUCACAAUCUCACAUUUGUUCCUUACUUGGCUGCUGACGAGGCUGUUACCAUGGACGCCCUCUGGCGUGGGGACAGUAUCCUGCAGGAAAGCCUCGCAGAAUGGGACAGCAGCGGCAAGUCAUUGAUUGCACAAAACGGCUUCGAUUCCAAAAUCAAGUGGCGUCCUGAUGACGAUGAGUUGAAAGCCAUGGAUCCAGCUUUUCAAUCACGCUGGAAGGAGUUCUUCCAGGACCGGCCAGACAAGGCUGUCGCCAUAUUGUAUGUUUUUGCAGGAUAUGCUCAACCGCUGUCGAGGCCGCUGUCGAGUAUCCUACCUCCACGCAACUACAUGACCGCUUGUCAUUGUACACUUUACCCCGUGUCUAUUGGAAGUGUCCAUGUCAACGUGACAGAGGACGGAAAAGAACGAAUGGACUUUACUACAGGCUUCCUAGACGAUCCAUCCGAUAUCGUUCCUCUUAAGUUCGGGUACAAAAAGACACGCGAACUUCUUCGACGCAUGGCUUCCUACCGAGGUGAAGUCGCUGCUGGCCAUCCUGAUUUCCCGGAGGGAAGCGCUGCAGCCUGCAGAGAAGCUUCCGGGCCAGUGGACUUGAAUGCGCCUGACAUCGUUUACACUGCCGAAGAUGACGAGGCGAUCGAUCGAUUCCACCGCGAUAUCGUGCAAACGACAUGGCACUCGCUUGGGACUUGUGCCAUGAAACCGGAGGCAGAUCAGGGAGUCGUCGAUGCUCGGCUUAAUGUAUACGGAGUGUCGAACCUGAAGGUCGCAGAUCUGUCAAUUUCGCCAUUGAACGUUGGAACGAACACGUACUCGACGGCACUUCUCAUCGGAGAGCGGGCUGCGAUGAUCAUUGCUCAAGAAUUGGGCAUCACCUGUAUUUGAUAUGUAUCGUUAGAGGAGCAUUCUCUGGACCUGACUCCCAGUCAGAACCUGCAAGUGGAAAGAAAAUCUACAGGAAUCGUUUAAAUUUAUUUAGAAUCGUGUGAAAUCGACAAUUACUGACUGAACAAUCUAACUUUACAGAAUUGAAGCUCGGUUGAAGCGUACAAAACUCUAUGUAAU